AAUCCUCGAUUUCCCUGUUCUAACAGACUUCCAGUUGGACGGUAAUUCAGAACAAGAGCCAUGCCUGACCUGACACAGGCCAUCUCCAGUUCCUUGAAUAAAACCACGCCCGGGAUUCAAAUAUGGCGAAUCGAGAAAAUGCUGAUGGUUCCUGUGCCCCUGAAAUCCUAUGGUAAUUUCUACGAAGGUGAUUGUUACAUUGUGUUUGCGACUCAUAAAAGCGGGAGCUCCUUCACUUAUGACAUCCACUUCUGGAUUGGCCGAGACUCCUCUCAGGAUGAGCAGGGGGCAGCUGCAAUCUACACCACUCAGAUGGAUGACUACCUGGGGGGCAAAGCUGUACAACACCGGGAGGUACAGAGAUAUGAGUCGGAGACCUUCAAGGGCUAUUUCAAGAACGGGUUCAUUUACAAACAGGGUGGUGUUGCUACUGGACUGAAACACGUGGAGACCAACUCCUACGAUGUGAAGAGACUGCUUCAUGUGAAGGGGAAGAAGAAUGUGUAUGCGGGUGAGGUUGAGAUGAGCUGGAAGAGUUUUAACACCGGGGAUGUCUUCCUGCUGGACCUGGGGAAACUCAUCGUGCAGUGGAACGGACCCCAGAGCAACCGGAUGGAGAGGCUGAAGGCGAUGCAGUUGGCGAAGGAUAUCCGGGACCGGGAGCGUGGGGGCCGUGGGCAGGUUGGUGUGGUGGAUGGCAAUGAGGAAGCUGCCUCCCCACAGCUGAUGAAGCUCAUGUACCACAUCCUCGGAGAAAAGAGAGACAUUAAACCCCCGAUUCCUGACACGGUGGUGGAGCAACAUCAGAGGGCAGCUGUCAAGCUGUAUCGAGUGACUGAUUCUGAGGGGAAACUGGUGGUGCAGGAAGUGGCUGCCCGACCUCUGACCCAGGAUCUGCUGAACAGUGAGGAUUGCUACAUUGUGGACCAAGGAGGAAUUAGAAUCUUCGUAUGGAAAGGGAAAAAGUCCUCUAAAGAGGAGCGUCAAUCAUCUGUCAGUAGAGCUCUGGGGUUCAUGAAAGCUAAAGGUUAUCCUGAAUCUGUGAACGUUGAGAUGGAGAAUGAUGGUUCGGAGUCUGCGAUAUUCCGGCAGCUUUUCGUUGAGUGGACAACGAAAUACCAAACCGUUGGCAUCGGCAAAACUCACAGCGUCGGCAAAAUUGCUAAGGUGGAGCAGGUGAAGUUUGAUGCCAUGGAGAUGCAUGCCAGGCCUGAGGUGGCAGCCCGGGAGAGGAUGGUGGAUGAUGGUUCUGGUGAAGUGGAGGUAUGGAUGAUUGAGAAUCUGGAAUUGGUCCCAGUGCCAAGUCACUGGUUUGGACACUUCUACAGUGGAAACUGCUACCUGAUUCUGUACACCUACACCGUCAACAACAGACUUCACUACAUCCUCUACAUCUGGCAGGGUAGCCAUGCUAGUCAGGGUGACAUCACUGCCUCGGCCUAUCAGGCUGUUCACCUCGAUCAGACCUACAAUGGAGAGCCUGUGCAGGUCCGAGUGACAAUGGGGAAAGAGCCACAACACCUGAUGGCCAUUUUCAAGGGCAAACUUGUAGUUUUUGAGGGGAAUGCCUCCACAGCUAAUGACCAGGAUGCCGAGGCCUCUGUCCGCCUCUUUCAGAUUCGUGGUGAGAACCAGUACAAUACCAAGGCCUUUGAAGUCCCAGCACGUUCCUCCUCCCUCAAUUCCAAUGAUGUCUUUGUGUUGAGGACAAGUGAAAAGUGCUUCUUAUGGUAUGGGAAGGGAUGCAGUGGUGAUGAGAGAGAAAUGGCCAAGACUGUGGCUGACAUUAUCUCCAGGAGGGACAAGCAGAAUGUGUGUGAAGGCCACGAACCGACUGAUUUCUGGGUGUCCCUUGGAGGCAAAUCACCGUAUGCCAACAGCAAAAGUUUACAGCAUGAACAUCAGGCUAUUGUCCCACGUCUGUUUGAAUGCUCCAACCAAACUGGACGUUUCAUUGCCACGGAGAUCACAGACUUCACCCAGAACGACCUUGAUGAUGAUGAUGUUAUGCUCUUGGACACCUGGGAACAGAUUUUCCUAUGGAUUGGUAAUGGAGCCAAUGAAACUGAGAAGAAGGAUUCUAUUGUCACAGCACAAGAGUACCUCAACAGCCACCCAACCAAGCGUGACUCUGGCACUCCAAUUGUAAUUGUCAAGCAAGGUUUUGAGCCCCCAACCUUCACUGGUUGGUUCAUGGCCUGGGACCAAUAUCUGUGGAAUGAUGGAAAAUAUGAAGACUUGAAAGUGGAGUUUGAUAAUUCUCAAGUUGUUGAUGAACUGAUCAAAGAUAUGAAGUCAGUCCAAAUUUCUCUGAGUUACAACAAUGCACCAUCAGUUAGAGAACGUGUCCAGAUUUACCCAGCAGAGCAACUGAUUAAUAAGUUGCCUGAGGAACUGCCCCCAGGAGUGGAUUCUACACGGAAGGAGGAGUACCUCUCAAAUGAAGAUUUCCUGAUCGUUUUCAAUAUGCCAAGAAUAAAAUUUGAUGCGAUGCCAGAGUGGAAACAGAGGAACUUGAAAAAAGAAAAGGGUUUGUUUUAG